UGAAACAUUCGAUUAAACACUUAGUAAUAAAGUAGCUAUUUCGCUAACGAUGUUUACUGGAUAUACUUGUUAAACAAGUAUCGAUCCACACCACACGUACGUACACGUAUCUGGAGAAGACGCCAUGACUACUGAGGAUGGCCUUCAGAAAGAACUAGAGAACCUGCUGGACAGCUUCUUCUCGGGCACAAGCACAAACGAUGAGAAACUGCAGAUAAACAAAGUACUGGAGGACUUCUCCCAACAGAAGGGGGUGUGGCGAUACUGUGUCCACUUCCUGCAGUACUCUACCAACCAGCAUGUUCUCAUGUACUCACUCAAUGUCCUAGAGAACAUAGUGACUCGACUGUGGACCACCCUGGACACAGCGGAGCAUGCUGAGCUACGACACUUCUUAAUGCAGCACAUCAUCUCUCGUCACAGUGCCACGCCCCCCUAUAUACGGAACAAGCUGGUCAAGGUCAUAGUCCUCACUGGCCGAGCUGAUUGGCCGCACGAGUACCCAGAGUUCUUCAGUCAUAUACUACAGCUGAUUCGUAACGGGACCACCACCUCCCUCGGCCUCAUCUUCUUGAUGACAGCUUCAGAGGAGCUGGUGAAUGUGUCUUGUGAGUACCUCUCCUCAGGGCGCAAGGACCACCUCUCUCACCUCAUGCAGCAGCAGGUCUCCACCAUCCUCUCUGUGCUGGUACAAAUACUCGAGACUAUUGCUGAGAAGCAGCGCCAGUCCCUCACACCCACACCACCACCCUCUCCCAAUGUGUCCCCCAUAAAGAACCCCCACAUAGCAGGCUCCUUCACAGCCUCACCAAUCACACACCCUCACUCUGCAAGCUCCUCCCCCUUUGGCACACCACCCCCUGGAUUAGGGACACCACUACGGACGCGACUAAGUGCUCCUUUCCUGGGUACUCCUCCGAAAGGAUCGCCAUUGUUCCCAAACUCAACUUUUGCUCCACUUGAUUCAGCCUCGGAGGAGGUCAGUGUGUACGCUCUCAAGUGUCUGGCACAUCUCUUUAGUUGGAUACCACUCUCUAGUCUAAUCACACCGGCCAUUUUAGAGACCAUCUUCCACUUUGCUAGUCUCGGCUGUGACAGUGUGGAGGAUGUGACUGACAACUCUGGUAACCUCGGUUCCCUCGCCAUGGACUGUAUCAAUGAGUUGCUUGUCAAGAAUUGUGUACCACGAGAGUUUGAGGCAUUUUUGAUGAAGCUGUUUGAGAAGUCUUUCUCACUUCUUCAGCGAUUGACGGACGAGAAUGAUAAAGGAAUGAGCUGUGACUUCUCUAAACUGGAUGACAAGUUCCUGGCCAAGUGCAGUGACUUCUUCUUCUGGUUCGUGUCCUCCCAUCUCAAGAGAGUGGAGUUCAACCCUCACUUCCCUGUGCUUGAGUUCUUAGGGCUCUUCUAUAAGUACACGUUCAAGCAACCUGAGGUGGACAGCUUCUGUGUGUGUCUGGACAUCUGGGCAGUGUUCCUGGAUCACCUGAUCCUCAUGUCCUCUGACUCCUAUGGUAGACAGUCCCCACCAUCUGGCAAUCACUAUGAGAGAUACAAGGGCGUGCUGGUGACGAUGAUGGAGAGUGUACUGCACAAGGUCAUGCUUCAAUACAAUAUCGAUGAGCUCAGAGAAGUUGAUGAUGAUGCCAUUGAUGAUGACAAUGAGACAGAGUGGCAGAGUUUCCUACGACAGUGUCUAGAGUUCAUUGGUAAAGUGGCAGAGUUGUUUCCUAGUGAAGCGUUCCACCUGCUGCUCCCUCCCCUGGAGGCUUACUCCCAGGUCUACCUCACUCUCAACCAGAUGGUCUCCUCUCAGGGAAAUCGCCGUACCUUGAUAAUCUCGGAGGGCCCUGAAUGUGAGAAGCUUCACGCUGUCUUGAAGGACCUCACGUCUAUUCUCCAGGCCAUGGGGCGCUUGGCUGAGCAUUUCCUUGGGGAUAGAUUCGCGUCAAGAUUAAACGAGGCUCUGUUGCUUAUCAAAAAGUUUUGUUUCCUGGCAGAGUACAGCACUGACAUGGUUUUGUUUAACGUGACCAACCCAAUGCCUGAGAUACUGGACCAUGACUUCAUUGAACUCCACACUCAGAUCCUCGGCACACUACAGGCGUACACACAUUGGUUCUCACAGUUCUACCUGGAUACUCUACGUGGAGAUGACCACACCCACCUGGAGAGCACCCUCCUUCCACUCAUCACCACCAUCGUUGAUUCAUCACUACCUCUCAUAUCACACCAGGUCCCUGAGAAGGUGACCCUUGUGGCAUGUCAGCUCCUCCUCUCUCUUGCUACUACUGUGCGACCACGCUUCCUCACCUCCAUGAGCUCUGUGGGGGAUCUCAUGAGGAAGGCCUCCCACGGAGAACUCACCGCACUGCCACAGAAGGCGUAUUUCAUGGUUCACCGAGCACUGGUUCACAUGCUUGUCCUGCCAUGGCCAGAGACGCCUGACCAUCAGCAGCAGUGGGAGGAGCGGGUCACUGAGCUCACUACUCUAGUGUCAGGCUGUACGGCUGUACUGCAGUCACUGGGGUCUGGGUGGACACAAGACAGGCAGCUGCAGCAGCAAGCCAAACCAGAGCUGAAACGAGCCAUCACAUUAUUGGAAGAUGUUGUAUCCUCUCUCACACACGAGCGUUCCAAAUCCAAGACCCUUCUUUUCAAAGCCAUCUCUCCCUGCAUAGAGCUGACCAUCACCCUACUGCCAGUCUACCUACAUCAACCAGACCUCCUAGAUCAACUGAUGGCUUUCUUCUUGGCUCUGUUCAACAGCCUCAAGGCUCAGGUUGGCCCCUCCCUCACUGAGCGGACCACACAGACAUUCAUGUCUCUACUCACACAACAACAUCUCAAGGAAGCACUCGAUUCUGAUGGCAGUCUGGGGUCAAAGGUCAUCGAGAAGUUCCUCCGGAUACUGCAGCUCCUGGUGCAAGACCCUGGCAGUGGAGUGGGUGGAGUGGGUGGAGGGGGCGGGGGGAGGGAGCUGCUGCCCAGCGUCAUUGCAUUCACUCUCAACCAGAUAUAUCCCAUCAUGGCGGAGAAAACGGCUCCUGAUGUCCAGCUGGCAUUGUACAACCUGUUCUACCAAAUGCUCCUCAACAACUGGAGACACUUCUUCCCAGUCUCUGCUGUCUCCCCUAGUGACGGAGCUCAGGGAGAGUUCUUCAGAAUAAUGGAGUGUUUUGGUGCAUCAUUUCUUCAGUCUGACCUUGCCGUGUUUAAACAGAACCUCACAGCUCUAGAGUCCCUCAACACCAAGCACAAGCUCUACUCUCGAGCUCAGUUUCAAAGCUCUGUGCUCUACCCUUUCCUGCAACUAUUGCUAAGAGUUCUCGUUCAGAAGUCACAUGAUCUGCUACAAGAAGAGAUGUGUCUGUGUGUGUACAACAUGGCCUCUGUGGACUUCAGUGUAUACCAUGAUCAGUUUCUGCCCAGAUACGUGGAGGGGAGUGAUGGACUCAGCUCUGAGCAGAGGAGUCAGCUCGUCAAAGCCUACCGAGUAUUCGAAGAUUUACCAUCGUUUGUCCAAAACCUGAGACAGUUCGUGAACGACCUUCGCUACUUUGCCGUGCUCAACGCAGCUCUCCCAGCUGGCUCUGUCAAGCUAAGCUGAUAAGACAAUCAACUAUCAUCAUGGACUGACAAUGUUAUAAUGAACCCAGGCUGUUUAAAUAUCCAGCAUAAUUAUUUAUUUAAUAGUUAGCUAUUCUUUUCUCUUCUACUCGAUUACUGUGAACUCAAUUCUUUGUCACAUUCAAUUCA